AUGGGUGCUACCGAUGUUCUGAGCCGCAAGUCAGGCGUCAUUGUGGGCGAUGACGUGCUCCGUCUGUUCGAGUACGCCCGCGAGAAGCAGUUCGCUAUUCCCGCCAUUAACGUCACCUCAUCGUCCACCGUCGUCGCCUCCCUCGAGGCUGCCCGCGAUGCCAAGUCUCCCAUCAUCCUUCAGAUGUCGCAGGGUGGCGCAGCCUACUUUGCUGGGAAGGGUGUGAGCAACGGUGACCAGGCUGCUUCCAUCGCCGGUUCAGUCGCUGGUGCUCACUACAUCCGCUCCAUCGCUCCCUCGUACGGCGUUCCUGUUGUCUUGCACACUGAUCAUUGUGCCAAGAAGCUCCUGCCCUGGCUAGAUGGCAUGCUCGACGCCGAUGAAGCCUACUUCAAGUCCAACGGCGAACCCCUCUUCAGCUCGCACAUGAUCGACCUGUCUGAGGAGGAUGUAUCCUGGAAUAUUGAAACCACUGCCAAGUACCUCAAGCGCGCUGCCCCCAUGAAGCAGUGGCUCGAGAUGGAGAUUGGCAUUACUGGAGGUGAGGAGGAUGGCGUCAACAACGAGGAUGUCGACAACAACGCCCUCUACACUCAGCCCGAGGAUAUUCUCACCAUCUACAAGACCCUCUCCCCCAUCUCGCCGUACUUUUCCAUCGCCGCCGGGUUCGGAAAUGUGCACGGCGUCUACAAGCCUGGCAACGUCAAGUUGCACCCCGAACUCCUCGGCAAGCAUCAAGCCCACGUCAAGGCUUCCCUCGGCUCCAAGAUGGACAAGCCCGUCUUCUUUGUCUUCCAUGGUGGCUCGGGCUCGUCCAAGCAGGAGUACCUGGACGCCAUCGGCCACGGCGUCGUGAAGGUCAACAUGGAUACGGAUAUGCAGUUCGCCUACAUGUCCGGCAUUCGAGACUACGUGCUGAACAAGAAAGAGUAUUUAUUGACAUCGGUUGGCAACCCCGACGGCGCAGACAAGCCCAACAAGAAACAUUUCGACCCCCGCGUCUGGGUUCGAGAGGGUGAAAAAACCAUGUCUAAGCGAGUGACUGAGGCCCUGAAGGACUUCAAUUGCGCCGGACAGGUGUAG